UGAACCGCGCGGUCACUCGAAGUACACGCGGUGAUGCUGCUGUAGCUGCAACACUUAUAUGACUACACAACACAUUAACACACAUUAACGCAAAACCCGCUUACACUUCAUCGAAUCUCGGCGCUGUUAUCAAACAACGAUUGUUUGCUCGUGUAUGCUAUUCGUGAUUCGUCUUGGUGUACUUGAUACCAUUUUUAGCUAAGUGAUUUAAAAAUUCGUUUUCAUUAGAAAUUAUUUCAACUUUCCAAUAAUUUCAUGUUGGUCAAAGUUACUUUGAUUUAGUGUGCUGCCGCGUUAUUGGAUUAUUAUUCAACAUUUUGAGGAUUUUAAGAUCAACCAAUCUCUCGUCCGAGUAUGUUACAAGGCAUAAGUAGAACCGAACAAGCCGGCCUGUUGCCUCAUCAUCACCAUCACCAUCACCACCACCACCAUCAGUCUUUGGCCGCUCACCACGGGAUCGGUACAGGGUCGGGCUGGCCGCCGAAUCACCACGACGAUCUCGCUCAUAAGGUUGGCAACACUGCUGAUUAUGAUGAUAGGAUUAUUGCAACUCGUGAAUUAGAUUUAGGACACAGUGGUGUUAAUCAGUUGGGAGGAGUGUUUGUUGGUGGUAGACCAUUGCCAGAUUCCACUAGACAAAAAAUAGUCGAAUUAGCUCAUUCAGGAGCUAGACCUUGUGAUAUAUCUAGGAUUCUUCAAGUUUCCAAUGGAUGUGUUUCAAAAAUUUUAGGAAGGUACUACGAGACUGGUUCUAUCAGACCUAGAGCAAUUGGUGGAUCUAAGCCUAGAGUAGCUACCGCCGAAGUAGUAUCAAAAAUUUCCCAAUAUAAACGUGAAUGCCCGUCAAUAUUUGCAUGGGAAAUUCGUGAUCGGUUGCUACAAGAAGGCGUCUGUUCCAACGAUAAUAUACCUAGCGUCUCGUCCAUCAAUCGCGUUUUGAGAAACUUAGCCGCCCAAAAAGACCAACAAGCUCCAACGUCGGUGUCUCCAACUUGCAGUUCAGCGGAUGCAGUUUACGACAAGUUGAGGUUAUUAAACGGGCAAGCUGCUGGAACAGGAACGUGGCCAAGACCAAAUCCAUGGUGCGUGGGAACCGAUUACUAUAUGUACCCUCCGACGUCUGGUGACAACCCGUUCAUGCCUCUGCAACCAUCCGGUCGUUUGAGUCCAAACACUGGCAAUUGCACUGUAUUGCCUGACAUUCUCGAUAAAAAAGUUUUAGAUUUAGACGGCGGAAUGGGUUCGGACGAGACUUGUACUUCCAUUGGUGACAAUUCCAAUCACGACGGAUCUCUGGGAGGAUGUGCUCCUGGAUCAACAAACGACGACGACCAGGCGAGACUUAGACUCAAAAGAAAACUGCAGCGAAACCGGACGUCAUUUACGAACGAGCAAAUAGACAGUCUGGAAAAAGAAUUCGAACGGACUCACUAUCCAGACGUGUUUGCCAGAGAGAGACUUGCCGGCAAAAUUGGGUUGCCCGAAGCCAGAAUUCAGGUUUGGUUUUCUAACCGUCGCGCUAAAUGGCGAAGGGAAGAAAAGCUUCGGACACAACGUCGCCCCAACUCCAACCAAAACCAACAAUCGAUGGACCCGCAGAAUCAACAACAGCAGCAACAGCAGCAAACGUCUCCUAGUCGGAUGAACGGGUUCACAACGAACAACAACACCGAACCUAAUCCUAACAUGUACACCACGAUUGGCGGACACGACGCUUUUGGGCCAAUGUCAAUGAACUUCGGCAUGCCGAGCAGCAAUAAUGAGAACGGGCUGUCCCUGUCCAUUAUGCCGGGACAUCAUUCGAUAACUGGCGAUCAACGAGACGCAUACGGUUGUAUGUCUAGGCCGACGUAUGACACAUCUCCGCCAUUAGCUAUUGGAACGCCAGGAUAUUUACGACCGCCAUUGUCACCGACUCCGAACAGUAGUCCACCAGCUCACCACACCGCAUAUCACCACCAUCCCCCACCAUCAUCAAUUAACGGUCACCAUCCACAUCAUCAUGCCCAUCAUCAGUAUAACAUGAACAGUUCUAACUCGACAGGUCUUAUAUCGCCCGGUGUAUCAGUACCAAUAGCUGUUCCAGGACAUACAACAGACUUAUCUGCCCAAUACUGGCCACGUUUGCAGUGACGCCAGGCUGUCAAGUAGAACAACAUAACAACAUUGAAUUAAAAAAUAUUAAAAUCGUGCAAUUUUCAACGAUAUUUGGAGUUAUUUAAUUAUAAAUGUAAAUAGUAUAGUAAUAAUUAUGAUUGUAAUUAAAAAAAAAUUAUAGCUUAAUAAAAAAAAACAAAAAUUGUACAUAAAUUAUAGUUUGUUUUUCUUUUUAACCAAACAAUGUCGAAUUAAUACUAAUAAUUAUUUUCAAACAGUUCACUAAUAAUUAAAAUAUAAGUGUAUUGGUUGUUCAAAUUGUAAAUUAAUAAUACUUAAAUAUACCAAAUUAAAAAUUACUAUACAUAUGACUAUUUUUAAUUUGUAAAUGUUAUCCUUAUAAGUACUCUGGUCGUAACGUGUCCAUUUGUGUAUUCUUCAUUUUAAAUUUUGAAUUAAUAUAUAUUUUUAUUAUACAUUCAGUUUCCAUUCAAG